AUGACGGCCACACAAUCACUAACACGUCCUUGUAGGACCCUCCACUUGCUAAACGAGGACGUUGGCAAGAUCAUCGCCACUUACAAUGCCAGAAAGUCCUUGAUCGAGCUAUUGAAAGACGCCCUCAGCUACAUGAAGAAGUACGACGAGAUCAUCUCCCAGCAAGAUUCACGAAGUUAUGAAGCAGCUUAUAUCAAUUUCAUGGUGCUUAUAACCUUGGUCUCCACGAUUAUCCCCAAUAAUCCCCAGUUUAAACACGACAUUCUCCACCCUUCGGGUAAAAGCUCCAAAAAAGACUCUUAUGAUAUCCUCAAGAGUAAAGUGGUGGGUGACAAGAGUAUUGACAAGGUGAAGAACUUUAUCAAAGAACACAGUAAAUUGACCAAUCUAGAAGAACCAAUCAAUAAUGACAAUGAUAACCAAGAGAAAGAACCACCAGCCAAUGACGACAUCAAAAACCCGCCAGAAACCAGAGACAAUAAUGGAAAUCUAUUGGAAAGAUUUGAAAGAUUGAGAGUCCAUCAUAUACCAGAUAAAUCGCCGCAAAAUACUCCCACUAAGUAUUCCAACAACUUAUCGCCACCAUCAUUGAACCUUCAUUAUAGAUCGCGAUCCCCAUCACCAGUUAGACUACCAGAGUUAGAGAUCCCCAGUUUAGACCCGUCCUAUUUCCAGAAAUAUCUCACCACCCCCACCGGAGGUUCCAAAUGGUUCAUAGAUCCUGCUGAGUUAUACGAAAUCAUAAAGUCCGCAGCAAAAUCAACCUUAUUAUUAGAUAUCCGAUACAGAAAAGAUUUUGAUAAUUCGCAUAUCUUGGUGGAAAAUAUCGUUUGCAUCGAACCAUUUUCCAUCCAUAACAAUUUUGGCGAGCGAGAGCUACAAGAAUCUUUGUUAAUUUCUUCGGAAUUGGAACAACAGUUAUUCGAAAAUAGAGAUCUUUUUGAGUUGGUAAUCUUUUACGAUCAUGAUUACGUGGUCCCAUCAUCCGACCCCAACAAUUUCCAAAAUUUCCCAAAAUAUUUCAAAAAAUUGAUGUCGACAUUGAAUCAAAGAAGUCCAUUAAAACCAUUGAAGAGAAACCCGGUAAUUCUCAAUGGGGGGUUCGACACUUGGCGCAGAUUAUACGGUAGAGAUCUUGUCAGCCAACCGAAAAUCGAUAAUAUCAUCCAACCACAAUCAUUCCCUUCGAGACCUCUUAGUUUCCGGAAAACUUCGAUUUCUUCUACCUCAAACAACACCGGCAUAGAUAAUUACGACGCCGCCGCCGCCGCCAUGAAUGGCAACCACCAUAGUUUCGGAGAUAAUCAUUUUCCCUCAGUGAACACUACCGGCGGUAGUAGCAAUCAUACAGGAAAUAGUAUCAAUUUAUUAGAGUCUGCUCCAUAUACUAGAAACCUCCAAGACUUUUAUACCAUGGCCCCCUCGGGCCAAUCGAAUUCGGUGAUGAACAAUGCCAAUAAUAGUCCUGCCCAACACUUAUACUUCCCUCAACAACAACCCCCAGCAUACGUCAACAAACGCCUCAAUUUAAGCGUUCUGAAUCUUAAUGAUGUGAAUUCAGAGUUUGAUAGUAGAAGUAACUCCCCAUCAUUAGUUUCUAGCCCAAACUUACCUGUUAUAGCCCCAUAUUCUUCACCACCUCCACUAUACGCUAAUCCUACCCCUCCGCAACCGGUGGCAUUCUCUCCAAGUAAUCCUGGCUCCCCAAUGUUGGAUGGCUCCUCCAGACUUUCCGUGGUUUCUCCUAUAACUUCCAGUCCUAGCUCAUCUUUGAUGAAUGUUUCCAAGCCAGUAUCAUUAGAUUUUACUUCAGGCUUAUACAACCUUGGUAACAGCUGUUAUAUCAACUGUGUAUUGCAAUGUCUUACUGGUACUAAUCAACUUGCGAUCAUUUUCCUCAAUAAUUCUUACAAAAGAUACGUGAAUAUCAAUAGUAAAUUGGGGUCCAAAGGAGUCCUUGCUAACAAUUACUAUGAGAUUGUCAAAUUGAUGUCCAAAAGUGAUGGGUCAUACGUGAUUCCAUCGAGGUUCAAGAAUAUUGUGGGGUCUUUGAAUCUAGAAUUCAGAGGGUUUGACCAACAAGAUUGUCAAGAAUUUCUUAAUUUCUUACUCGAUGGGCUUCAUGAAGAUUUGAACCAAGCUGGUGGUAAACUGCCGAUGAAACCAUUGACCGAUGAAGAAGAAGCGAAACGUGAACUUUUACCAAUUAGAUUGGCUUCCACCAUUGAAUGGGAAAGAUACCUUAAAACCGAUUUCAGUACGAUUGUCGAUAUUUUCCAAGGCCAGUACCUCAGUCGUCUUGAAUGUUUGACAUGCCAUCACACUUCUACCACGUAUCAAGCAUUUAGCACUUUGAGUUUACCAAUCCCCCAACACAAGCGACUGGUGACAAUUUAUGACUGUUUUGAAGAAUUCACUAAAGUGGAAUUAUUGGAUGGUGAUGAUCGUUGGAGAUGCCCUAAAUGUAAAACCUUCACAAAGUCCACUAAAUGCCUCAAAAUCACUAGACUUCCAAAAAUCCUUAUCCUUCAUUUCAAACGGUUUAAGCAAGGGUUUGGUCUAGAAAAGCUUGAUACGUUGAUCCGGUACCCAAUUGGCAAUUUUUCCAAUUCGACCAUCCCUAAUGAUAACGAAAUGAUUGAUCUUGGGAAAUUCUGGCCCCAAGUAUCGUCAUUAGACGAACAACACAAACUCUCGAAAUUUGAUUCUCGUGGACAAGUCCCCCCAUUCAAGUACCGGGUUUACGGGGUGAUCAACCAUUCCGGGACUCUUAGAGGAGGUCAUUAUACUUCGUACGUUUACAAAGGCGGAAAAAAACAAUGGUGUUAUUAUGAUGAUACCAAAGUUUAUAAGAAUCAAAAGCCUAGCGCGGUGGUUUCUAAAGACAAUUAUGUAUUAUUUUUAUCUAGGGGUUAG